CAGAACAUGGCUUGUGUUGACUAUGACGUAAUCAAAACUAUAAAUGAAACCUACUAAAAAGAAAGUGAAAGAUACUGGGCUGACAGAGACAAAACUCUUCACUGACGAGCUGCAGAUCUUUACGGGACGUGAACAAUCAGCCACAUUCCUAAACCAGGAUGUCACUGCAGUUCUCUGGCUGGGAGGUGGUGGACGAUGGUGCUUCUUUUCCUGGUGUGGAGCUGGGGGCGUCCCAGACACCCCAACAACAGGGUGUCUACAGAAUGUACCAUGGCACCAGCGUUGCCAGCGCACGGCUCAUCAUUGCCAGUGGUUUUAAACAGUCAUCAGGUGGCUUGCUGGGAAAGGGCGUGUAUGUCAGUCGGAAUAAGAAAAAGGCAUGUAAUUAUCCAUUGAGGAGUCAUGCUGGGGACCGUGUGGUCUUUGAGCUACGUGUGCGUGUUGGCCGUGUCAAGCGUAUUGACAAGGACAACCAUCCUAUGCAGUACACCUGGCACGCAAAUGGCUAUGACACAGCUUGGGUACCCCCCAAUUGUGGCCUCAAAGCCGUGCCCAGUGGCCUAGAGGAAGAUUGUGUGUUUGACCCCAAAAGAGUGAUGGUUGUAGGCAUUGCAAUGGCACCACACCCCGUACUGACAGAGCUUCAACAGCUUCUAUCAAAAACAUCCAAAAGACCCAGAGGAGGAGGUGGUGGUGCUGCAGAUGUGUGUUCACUGUGUAAGAGAAAGACCCAGCGUGGUUCGCCACACAUCAAGCAACAGUGCUGGAAGUGUGGGGAAAACAUCUGCAUUCUCAUGUCCAAGCAUUUCUGUCCAGCCAAACCCUGCAGGAUGUCACUGCAGUUCUUUGGCUGGGAGGUGACUUAUGAUGAUGACUCUCCUCGUGUGGAGCUGGGGGCGUCUCAGGAGCCCAAAGACAGUGGCGUGUACACCAUGUACCAUGGCACCAGCGUUGCCAAUGCGCGGCUCAUCAUUGCCAAUGGUUUUAAACAGUCAUCGGGUGGCAUGCUGGGAAAGGGCGUGUAUGUCAGUCGUGAUAAGAAGAAGGCCGAACGUUAUCCUUUACAAAAUAACCCUUCAGACCGUGUGGUCUUUGAGCUACGUGUGCGUGUUGGCCGUGUCAAGCGUAUUGACAAGGACAACCAUCCUAUGCAGUACACCUGGAGCACACAGGGCUACGACACUGCUUGGGUACCCCCCGGUUGUGGCAUGAAAGCAGUGCCCAGUGGCCUACAGGAGGAUUGCGUGUUUGACCCCAAAAGAGUAUUGGUGGUAGGCAUUGCAAAGGCACCAGACCCCGUACUGACAGAGCUUCAACAGCUUGUAGCUAAUAGUCAAAGAAAUCCCUGGGGUAGAGAUGGAGGUGCAGCAUGGCAUGGUGCUGGUGCUGCAGAUGUGUGUUCACUGUGCAAGAGAAAGACCCAGCAGGGUUCUCCACACAUCAAGCAACCUUGCUGGGGCUGUGGGCAAAACAUCUGCACUCUGAUGACCAAACAUUUCUGUCCAGUUAGCAACUGAGAGGGUGUAAGGAAAAACGGUGCUGUUGUUAAACAGAUGGAACAAGGAUCCAGGUCCAUAUGGCCUUCUUAUGUGGUUGAGAGAAAACGAAAGCUGAAAUUGAAAGCACUGAAAUUUACUAUUAGAUUAGGUUAGGAUUAUGUACAAUCAAGAUGAGACAAUCUUUAUAUAUUGAGCAAGAUGUCUUUAUUUCAGCCUGAAUGUGGACAUUGGUUACUUAAGGGAAGUGCAUUUUGAAACAUGUGAUUUUGAUUUACUUAAUUGAUUUGAUUUCCUGAACAUUGUAUAAUGUAAAACCAAAGAAUCAUGUUAAGCCAAUAAAUGUCAUAUUCAUGA